CCUGAGCUGCCCGGUUCUCCUUCGGCGCCCUGCACCAGAUGCCUCGCUUUUCUCAAGGCUGUCCCAGCGUCGGCGUUGGGCUUCGCUGUACCAGGUCUGACGGUCACUGCUGUGAAAGACUCAGGAGAAUGGAAUUUGGAGGCUGGGGCCUUAGUACUUGCAGAUGCGGGCCUUUGCUGUAUUGACGAGUUCAACAGCCUCAAAGAGCAUGACAGAACCAGCAUCCACGAAGCAAUGGAGCAACAGUCCAUAAGUGUUGCUAAGGCUGGCCUCGUGUGCAAGCUGAACACCAGGACCACCAUCCUGGCAGCGACUAACCCCAAGGGCCAGUACGACCCCCACGAGUCCGUGUCUGUGAACAUUGCCCUCGGCAGCCCGCUCCUGAGUCGGUUUGACCUGGUCCUGGUUUUGCUUGAUACCAAGAAUGCAGACUGGGACCGUGUCAUUUCCUCCUUCAUCCUAGAAAACAAAGGGUACCCAAGCAAGUCAGAGAAGCUCUGGAGCUUGGAGAAGAUGAAGACCUAUUUCUGCCUCAUCAGGAACCUGCAGCCCACACUGUCUGACGAGGGGAACCAGGUUCUUCUCCGGUACUACCAGAUGCAGCGUCAGAGCGACUCCCGGAACGCGGCCCGGACGACCAUCCGCCUGCUGGAAAGUCUGAUACGACUCGCGGAAGCUCACGCUCGCCUGAUGUUUCGUGAAACCGUGACUCUGGAAGAUGCGAUCACAGUAGUGUCCAUCAUGGAAUCCUCAAUGCAAGGAGGUGCGCUGCUAGGAGGUGUGAAUGCGCUUCACACAGCCUUUCCGGAAAACCCUCGGGAGCAGUACCAGAGGCAGUGUGAGCUUAUUCUGGAGAAGCUGGAGCUGCAGAGCCUCCUGAGUGAGGAGCUUCAAAGACUUGAAAGGCUACAGGAUCCGAGUGUGCACCGGUCCCAGCCGCGGGCAGUGGAGGCAGAGACCACCCCAGGACCUUCGAGACGUGAUCCGGGGGACACGGACUGUGGCACACAUGCCUCCUCUCCUGCAGGCAGUCCCUGGGUCAGCCCAUGUCCAGGUCCCCCACCCCAUCCGCGACCUCGCAAGUUAACAAGUAGAGCCAAUUCAGCCGAGCACAGAAGUGGCAGAGAUGACAGUUUGGACUGGUUUGACUUCAUGGCUGCUCAUCCGAUUGACCCUCAAAACACUGCUCUUGUGUCACCUGGUCCCAGAACAUCCGAGGAAAAUAAGGCUUUGAAGAUCUCCAACAGCAAAUCCCAGGGUAAGGAAAAGCGUGAGCCAGGCCGAAGGAGCACAGGGGACACCGGGCAGUCCCCAUCACCCGGAGAGACAGGUGCUCUCCAGGGGCCAGACACUGCAGAGCGUCAAGCAGCAGAAGGGGCAGCCCCAGCUCCUGACGCUGAGGACCCGGGCUCGGUCCUGACCUUCCACUUCCCUAGGGGACUGCACAAGCUUUGCAAGGCGAGGGCCCAGAAGCUGUUUGGCAGUGCCACCGGGGCACCUUGUCAUCCUCCGUCCACUGCUGUGCGUAGUCCAGAAAGAGCGCUGGAAACCCCCGGGAGGAGGAGGCUGGCGUCACUUGCUCAGGCAGAAGAGCCUGCAAGUGAAAACAUUGAGACUCCAGGUCCCCCAGUGGCUAAACUGGCAAGAUUUACCUUCAGGCAGACGUCAAAGCUGACCCACUCCCCUGAAGGCCGCAGCCGUGUAUCUCCUGGCACAAGGACAAGAGCGGUUGCUAGCCCUGAAGUUUCCCAGCACAGAACAAGCGAAGCAGCCCUGCCUGUGAAGGGUCCGGAAAAGUUGACAUCUCUCUCAGGACACAAGCACUCAGCUCAGCCGCAGGCCGAGACGGAGACGGAGGAGGUGUCGUGGCAGCCGCCCGAGGGAGGCGGGUCCAGAGAGAAGAGGUGCGCCCCUGGGAAGAGAGGGGUGCAGCCUGAGCUUGGGAACGAGGCUGGGCGUGCUCGUCUCACUGGCGAGGGAGACACCAAGGAGGAGGUUUCGCGCAGGCAUAAAAGCAGCACGGUCCACGCUCGCACAUUAGCCAGGCUGGCAGACUUCUCCUUUACUCCGCCAUCGGAACCCAAGUCAGAGUCCGCUCCUCUUGAGAGGAAGGCCCGGGCUGAGAGAGGCCCAGUCCUUCCACCCACAGCUCCAGUGCUCGGCAGUAAAAGGAGGUCUUUUCAGCUCCAGGCGUCCACGGAGAAACUGAGUCUUCCCCAAAACUCUCUCUUCACUCUGUUAGAGCUAGAUGAUGAAGCGUUGGAUUUUGACUGGGAUGAAGAGAUGAAGAAAAAGCCAUAAUUCUGGAAAGCUUUUUGGUGAGCUUCCGUCUUCCCCAGCUCCACCCAGCCCCGUCAGGGCCUCGGCGUGGUGUUUAUAGGUGUAAGAACAGUGGGCCACUCCGAGGGCCAUUCUGAACCCCCACCCCACCCCAGGCGUGACCCUUUCGAGUUUGUCUUCAUGACUUCAUAGUUGUCGCGUCAGCUCGGGUCAGCACUUGGGUUGAGUUAGUUGAUGCUCUGCUGAACUUUGUCAAUGGAGUGCUUGUAUUCCUAAAGAUGUUUCUGGCUUUUUACUUAUUUUUUUAAGGGGGAAAGGGCCUUCCCAAGUCUCUCCUUUCAUUCACUCAGAAGCCUAACAGCCAGAUGAACACUUUGUCUGUCUGUCUCCUGUGCUUUCACCUGGAAUGUGCCAAGUACAUUGCAUAUUUAUCAUCGUUUGGGAUGAUCUGCCAAAAUCAUGUGCUUUUUCUCAUAUUAUGUUUGUGUUUGCUUGUGUGCAUCCAAUCAAAUGUGACCAAGCUUUUCUCUUUGAAAGGCAUCCUACAAUUCCACAGUAUUCCCAAAGAGCUGGCAAGUCAUCAAGCCGGGCCUUUCUGAAGCCCUGACCUUCCAGGUUUCCUUCCUUUCUUGAGCCAACAUUUUGUGCUUCAGAUUAUUUUUCCUCUCGUUGGCCCACUUUCAACACAGCUUAAGUCCUGUGGUUGGAAGAAGCAGGCGUUGCGGUACUUUCUUUUCUUUUUUUGGGGGGGGGUUGGAGUCUCACUCCGUCACCCAGGUUGGAGCACAAUGGCACGCUCAUAGCGGGCUGUUAGAAUCCCAUAAUUGUAGCCUUUCUCUUCCAAAGUAUGGAUUUGUACCAUGAACGUUAGAUUUUUCAAUUGUCUGAGGAACUUUUGGACAUGAAAAAGACUCAGAACUGUGUGUACUCUGUUUAAUGUUCACUUCAUUAAAGUCAUGUAGAGAAAACACAUUUAGGAAAUCCAAUUUUUCUUAAGCAUUGAAACAUUAAAAAAUUCUAAAAUUGACUAAUUAAAUUUUCUGAAGUUUUAAACUGUGAAUACAAAUUUAGUAUGGAUGAGUCUUUUGAAGUCUUGAAACACCUUAAAGAGCUGAUAAAAAGAGAUGUAUGAGGAAUGAUUAUAAAAAGUAUUAUUGCAUGUCCAUAAAUGUACUCUAAAAUCUCAAGACUGUGGUUUAAGAAAUGUAUUAUUUCUGUACUUGUUUAAUACUUGUUCCCCAUGUAGUAUGAUUCUUAAUUUGCUAUAUUCCUAAUCUUUCAUUAUUAUUACUUUCCUGGGUUUCAGAGUUCUUACUAGAACUAAAGGAAAAAGAAAGGAUUCGAUUUUUUCACCAGUUGAAUCCUGGUCUGGACAAACCUGAGCCACAGUGAGGAGCUGCCUAUUUUUGUAAUGGUAAAUGUUUAAGUCCCUUGAGUAGCAACUUCUGUCUUUGAAACUCUGUAUCUUUCGCUCUGUAGCAGUGAUGUUUGUAGCAGUGAUGUUUUAGGUUUUGCACGGCUGGCAGCUAUCCUAUCGGGUAGUUUGAUCCGUGAUGCUCUCAUCACUCAGAAUGUUUGCAUUUAUUGAGACUUCAGACUCUGGAGGUUUCAUGUCUUAGUAAGAGAGAUUUAAUUUUUCUAGUUAACUUGUCCCUUGAAGACACUGGGCAAUUCACAUUUUAAAAUGCAGCAUUGAGUUGACUGUCUUCCUUGGUGACUGCGUGUGACCGCCUGUGCCACCUUCUGCUUGGUUAUUACUUGUGCCCACCACAUCCUGUUAUCUGUGAAUCAGCCCAUCCUAUUCUCAGUUAUACUACCUUCUGCCAAGAUAUCUGGCCAAAUUACAGGUCCCAUAUGUUUGUUCUUUGGUGCUUACAGAUAGAAAUAACCACAUACCUAAUUAUUAUUAGCAGGCAUAAUUACUCAAAGAAAUAAAAUACUCAAAACAGGUUGAGUAUCCCUUAUUUGGAAUACUUGGGACCAGAUUUUGAGUCUUUUCAGAUUUUGCAGUAUUUAUACUAUGCUUAUACUCACUGGUCGAUCCUCCCAAACCUGAAAAUCUGAAGCCUAAGAUGCUCGUACGAGUAUUUCCUUUGAAAAAGCGUUAUGUCAGCAAUCAAAAAGCUUCAGAUUUUGGAUUAGAGACACUCAGCCUGGAUAAACACCGUACUUAUUAAAAAGAUAAACUUCUAGCGCUGCCUGUUAUAGCUACCUCAUUGUACUUACAUUUAAGCUUGAAGUCACACAGCUGAGUCAAAGUUCUCUAUGUUGACUCCAGUGUCCUCUCAGCACUCUGUUGUUCCUAAAAGUAACCAUGCUAUCUGAAAACACCAUGAUAUUCCAGACCCGUUUGAUUUUUUCCUGCCCCAAGGGACUCUGCUGCUGUCAGAGGUGAGUCGUAUUAGAGACCAAACUCUGGCCUCCGGGUCUCGUGUGUGGAAGGGUCACUAGUGGACAAAGUCCUCUCACUGCUGAUGGGCCAUUUCUCAGUAGUCCAGAGCUGGAAAUGUUUUAAUGUCCUGAGGUGACAUUUUAUCCAGCCGUGUCCUACUUUUCUUAUGAGAUGUGAUUUCAUGAUGACUAAAACUUUCUCUCUAUGGUCUUUAACGUGUGUGCCAAGGUGUCUCAGGUAGAAUAUGUACAGCCUAAAAGAUUACAUUUCUGGACAGUAAAGAACAUUGUUUAAA